AUGUCCAACUCUUUGGAAGGCCCUUCACUAGAAGGGGCAUCGGUUACAACCACUAGUGCACCUCAAGGCAAUCCAGAGGAACGACAAUUGCUGGAUCAUCAUGAUGUAGGAACGACUCAAGAACAAGUAGGGGAACCCUCCUCCCGCAACACCAGAUCGAUUGGUACGGCGGAUAAUGCGUCCAGACGCCUGAAGCUAGUCCUAGGGAAGAAAAAGAAACAGACACAAGUUGUCUCUUCGGAAGGCUCCUCGUCUGAUGACAGUUCCGAGAGUGAAGCUCUUAUUAACAAGGACAAAGUACGUUUUCAAUCCAAUCCGAAAGGAAAGAAAUCGGAAAAACAACUCUUGGUAGACGCAGUUGUAGAUGCCAUCCAGAACGGAUCUACCAAGCAAGUCAAGAAGGUGUCGGCAGAACUUCACGCGAAGUACGGCCAGUCAGGUUCGGGGCCGAAAUCUUGGAUGAGCAAACCGCCGUCCUCGCCUUCUAGAUUCGCUUCCGGGUCGACUGGAACACCACAAGUGACCAACGCCGAACUAGCUGAAGCCUUGCUGGCGGAUCAAUCCUUCCCCGACUUGGGCACGGCUUCUGGGGGUCAACAUCCUAAAUCGAAGACGAGCCGUAAACGCAAAGACAAGAAGACGAUCUCGGAGCCUCCUUCCUCCGCAGAAAUCCAACCCCCCUCAAAGAAAGGGAAGAAGUUUAAAGGAAGGGUGUCAACGAUUCAAGAGUUCCCUUCUAGCUCCUUGAGCUCCUCUAGCUCCUCGGAUUCAUCUCCUCUAGUUCCUCCUCGUCUGACGAGAAAUCGGAAGGCAAAUCCACUGAAUCUUCGUCUGAUGAAGAUCCAGAGAUUAACUUUGAGAAUCGCCAUCUCAAAGCAGCAGACCUUCUCGAUCUCCCUAUCAAAUGGGACAAGGGCUUUCGUCGACUCAGAUCUUAUGUCCCUCUGA